AUGACUCGGUUUCGGCACAAGGUCUUUGAGGAGGACGUUGGCAGGGUAAAAGUAUCAGCAUUAAUCAUUUUGCCUCUUGACUUUAAUACAAUUCGGCUCGUUUAUGCACACAUUCUACUAAAACCACGCACUUCCGCUCACAUCGCACCAGCACCAGCACCUUCACAUCUGGCAGUAAUCGCUGCACCUCCCGCAUCAGCCACAGCGGACGCUGUACCUCUCACACACACCUCAGCCACAACCACCACCAAGACUAGCGCCCACCACGCCCACCCACUUCCAGCAAGCCCCAGUGCCAAGCGCACACGUCCGACGACGAAUGGGAGCAAGGAGAAGGAGAAUGGAGCAGUUGGGAAGAGGAAGUGGACGAAUGGACAGAAGGCAGGAAGAAAUGGGGAAGUUGGAAGCAGGAAACAGUUUGCAGGACACGGUGAGCCCACAGACACGCGCCAGCGCACACCUACCAGUGACACCAAACCCAGCGCGACUCUCUGCACACGUUCCAACCGGCAGGAAGUACCCAGUACCACGGGCGCGCCAUUCAUGCACGCCACAUCACCGGCGCUUAUUCUUGCACACCCAUCAUUCGCACCACCAUCGCCAUCACUCGCACCUCGCAUAGCUUGGACUAUGCAGCCCAUGCUGCCACCAUCAACCGCAGCCCUCACUUCGCCAUUCGCAACCGCUACAGCAACCGCGUCCAUCUCAACGUGCCCCACACCAUCAGCACGUGUUUGCGUGCCACUAGCAACGCCCAUACCACUCGCACCCCCCAUACCACUCGCCCCCCCAUCCAUCGCCAGCACACGCCAUCUCCGAGCGUUCAACCCAACGAUACACUGGCAAGUGCCAACGAUGAACGAGAGGACUGGAGAGAAGUUGGGAGGACGAGGAGGAUGGAAAGAGCAGAAGGGAGAGAGAAGGGAGAGAGAAGGAGAAGGAUUAGAGCACCUUGUGACUUGUCAUCCCAGUCUUUGUUGCCCACUGUUCGCAGCCUUUCAAGCCAUGCUGAUCGUUGCCCACUGUUUGCAGUUGAAUUGCUAG